GUUUGUUUACUCUUGUAAAAUGACUAACAAGCUUCAUUACUGUACUCCUCAAGGUGGUUCAAGUGUAAACAUCUUCAUCGCGACAUCCAUAAUCAAAUUUGGUGGGCAACGACACGCAGGUGGCCCUUACUGUUAUCAAUGUAUUCCUAAAGUCAAAUCGACCACGCGGUCCGCCUACCUCCAUCAUUGCUUAUUAAUAAGAACACGGUCUGAAUGUGCUGAGUAAGGAUGUAUUUUAAGCUGUUUACGUUAUCCUUAUCUGCCAUUGAGUGUGGCUGUGAUUGUUUAGGCUGAAAGUUAUGUGAAGUAUGUCUAAGGAGCCUCCCUCUGAAAAUCAUUAAAGCCAAGAGGGGGAACUGUGUCUCACACACACAUCCUUGGCGUGGCUCACAUAUGACUCUCUAAUUCUUCCCACACUGGAUGACCGCUUGUUCCUACAAAGACGCAGGAUGGUGAAACUACAGUAGAGAUAACAUACUCUGUAUUGAGGAAUUAUUUAUUACAGUGGAAUGUCUGGCUGUCCAACACAAUCUGUUUUGGGAUGCUGGUUGACCUCCUUUUUCUUCUGAUUUUGAUAUUCCCAAUUGUAAAUAAUUAAAUAAAAAUAACCUGAUCCAGGGGCAAGCUGGGAACCUUUUAUUAACUGUCAUAGAACCAUAAAAAGAGUUCAUGUUGUGUGGACCGCCAUCUUUAGAAGUGGAACCAGGCCAGUGUGUAGCAGCAUGAUCAUCAGCCGGGUUCUGGUCCAGUGAGUGACCAGACGUUUCUCACUGCUCAGCCAGGCGAACAUGGCGGCAAUGCUGGGAGAGCGAGGGAUGGGGGUUUUAGGUUUGGUGUAGUAGUGUGGCGGGGUGCAUCAGUGAGUAAUGAGGAGUAGAUGGAGCUUUGUUAAUGAACGGGUUUGUUGUUCUUCUGUAAUAGGUGUGUGAGGCUGCAUUAUUGACAUUAUCGACUGUAAUGCUGCCGUCUCAGUCCAGCAGUAAUGACAGAGGGUUUGCAGCCUCCGUGUCAGCUGUCAGCACUGUCAUUACCUCUGCAGACUGGCAUGUCUCACCACUGCUCUGUGGUACUUUCACUAAGAGGUGUCAUUCUUUGCUUUAAAUGCAGUCCUUUAAAAUUAAUUGUAGUUGUCAUAACAGGCUGAGACACAUUUAGCACUGGGCUCAGUGUGUCUUCUCGUCAAUGCUGUGUCAAAGUGCUGCUGACCUCAAAUGCACCUGAACUGCAGAUUGUUUGCUGUUGCGUAGAAUCAAGAUCGCCAUUCUGUGGGAUAAAAGAAACUUCCAUCGUCUUUCUGCCGUUCUUUGUGGGAGGUCCCGGAAGGACAGUUUAGAGGGGACUUUCUAAAAUAGAAAUGCAUAGAAAGAGCGAGUAAUCCAUCAGCUCCAUCAAAUCAUGGCAGCCUGGCUCACUCCACAGUACAUCCAUGCACCCAAUAAAGACAAGUCAAAAGAGCGAGCGGAUGAAUAAUAGCCAGCGAGUCUUGCCAGCCGGGGCAGUGGAGAUGGGAAAAGUCAGGAAGUGUGCAGCACUAUAAUGCGCCAUGAUAUUUUAUACUUGUAGCUUUGUUUCUACAAUAUACUCUCUGAUGCUCGGGUGUCACCGCCUCAGCUGCCAUCAUGUUCACCAAGAAAAAGAAGUCCCGUAUCCAGAUCUCGGCCCCGUCUAACUUUGAGCACCGCGUGCACACGGACUUUGACGAGCAGGAGCAGAAGUUUGUGGGUCUGCCGCGACAAUGGCAGUCGCUCAUCGAGGACACGGCCAAGAGGCCCAAGCCGUUCAUCGACGUCACUGUCAUCACCACCGUGGAGCCGCACAAGACAAUUGUGCGUGGCAGCAAGCUCGGGGUGGACGGCUCUCUGACGUGGCUGCUGGAUGAGUUUGACACCAUGUCUGUGACUCGAUCCAACUCACUGCGUCGAGGCAGUCCUCCCGUCCAGCCCCGUAGGGACUCGACCUCGGGAAGAAAUGGCGGCAGGCAGGAGAACGGAGACCCCCCUCAGCGACACCACUCGCAGUCAGACAGAGACCGACCCAGACCAGACCACCAGAGCGGAGGUGAACACCGCCACAGUCAGCGUUCCUCUCAGCGAGACGAUGGCAUCCACGGUCGGCCUCAGCAGCAGCCCCGCGGCCAAGAACCCGUUCGAGGCAACAGGGAAAGACCAGGUUCUGGUCCCCCGCCACCACCACCCCACAGAGACAGAGAGAAACGAGACCGAGACCAGGAUCAAGUGGUCCGCCGUGAACAACAUGGUGAACACAGGCCUAAGUCCAGCUACCAGGUGCGGGAUGGCAGCCCGCAGUCUCCCAGGGACAAGAGGCCUCUCUCUGGGCCCAACAUCCGCACGCCCAAUCUGCCAGUGACGGAUGGGGUGAUGAAGACCGCUCAGCAGACCGCACGUCCGUUCAACACGUACCCGAGGACGGAAAGUGAUGGGGGACGCAGCCCCACUGGGCCGCCGGUACGACACAAUGAGUCGUCCCCUCAAAAUGGGCCGUCCAUCUCCCAUCGUGGUUCCUCAGGCGCUAAGCCCCCUAUCAGCAACCCGCAUCCUCAUCACACUUCACAUCCCAGCCUGAACCCCAACGCCCAGCACCCGCACACCCCCCACCCUAGCAUCCCGGCACCACGACCACCCCUGCCUUCCGGCCCGCCGCCGUCAGGUGCGCCGCCCCAGACGCGCUCACCUCAGAGGGAGCCGCAGAGGGUUUCUCAUGAGCAGUUCCGUGCGGCGCUACAGAUGGUCGUGGACCCCGGGGAUCCGCGCACAUACUUGGACCACUACAUUAAGAUCGGCGAGGGAUCCACAGGGAUUGUGUGCAUUGCUACCGUCAAGACGACAGGCAAACUUGUCGCUGUGAAGAAGAUGGACUUGAGGAAGCAACAGCGCAGAGAGCUUCUUUUCAACGAGGUGGUGAUCAUGCGGGACUACCACCAUGAGAACGUGGUGGAGAUGUACAACAGCUACCUGGUAGGAGACGAGCUCUGGGUUGUCAUGGAGUUCCUGGAGGGAGGGGCUCUUACAGACAUUGUGACACACACCAGGAUGAAUGAGGAGCAGAUUGCUACCGUGUGUUUGUCUGUCCUGAAGGCGUUGUCCGUGCUGCACACACAGGGUGUCAUCCACCGCGACAUCAAAAGCGACUCCAUCCUCCUCACGCAUGAUGGCCGGGUGAAGCUGUCAGACUUUGGCUUCUGCGCUCAAGUGUCGAAGGAAGUGCAGCGGAGGAAGUCCCUAGUCGGCACGCCGUACUGGAUGGCGCCCGAGCUCAUAUCCCGACUUCCCUACGGGCCCGAGGUGGACAUCUGGUCCUUGGGCAUCAUGGUCAUAGAGAUGGUGGACGGGGAGCCGCCAUACUUCAACGAGCCGCCGCUCAAAGCCAUGAAGAUGAUCCGAGACAAUCUUCCCCCCAAACUGAAGAACCUGCACAAGGUGUCCCCCAUACUCAAAGGCUUCCUGGACAGGAUGUUGGUACGUGACCCGGCCCAGCGUGCCUCAGCCAGCGAACUCCUUAAACAUGCCUUCUUGACCAAGGCGGGACCGCCGUCCUGCAUCGUCCCGCUCAUGAGGCAGAACAGGAUGAAAUGAGGGGGUCAAUGGUCACAGACUACUUCCACUCACUGGACACUACAAGGAGCAAAGUGGGCCUACCUUUUUUUCUACUGUGGGGAGUGCGUUCCCUGGAUACUGAGCAAUAAUUGUGUGUGUGUGUGUUUGUGUGUGUGAGUGAUAAUGGAGAACCUGGAACUUUUUUCCUGAGUGUUAUUUGGACCUCGCUUGGAUUUAUAAGUGUGAAGGAGCCACAUGUUGGUUUUUUCCCCAAGACCACAUGUGUCCAAAAGACCCCCUGGUCCCAGCUGGACUUGACUACUGAGGGAUGUUCAUGAGUCCAGGCCAGCUUCCUGGUGGAAAACCAGCAAACAUGAAGUCAAAAGGUAAACACUGGAGUCUGGUGUGUUUGUGUAAGUAUGAUGAAGAUGGAGAGAGCGAGCGAGAGAGAGAGAGAGCGAUAUCACUGUCAUGUCAUGUCAUCUCUGUUUUUACCCUGAUCAUUGACUUUACAACCUGAUGUGAUGAUUUUUGAAGCACUGUCAACACUAGAAGCUGCACUCACCUUCACCUUUCACACAAUUUUUAUACGUUUUUAGACCACACGUGUAUAAACUAAGGCGACUAGAUGAAGCUGAUAAGGAUUUAGGAUGUUACAACAUUAAGCAAACUCACUUUUACAAACGGUGCUUAUUUUGUUGUUUUUAUACCAAACAAAACCAGCGGGGGUUGAUCAUGUAGAGCGACUCUUCAACUGGACGUACACGUCAUUGUUUUUAUACACUAGCUGUGCUUUUUACAUUUGUAGGGCAGGUGAACAAGCUGGUACUUUCCUGUUCACUUUUUUUACCAACAGGGGGCAGCGACUACAUUUUUAUCCUGAUAUCCUGGCUGUUCUUUUGUUUUUUUUUGUGGUCCCGCCUCCUGGCUUGGAAGAGCAAAACAGUGCUGGCAGUGUGGAUGUAGGCUACUUAGGUUAACAUUUGACCUUUCACCUCCCACCAUCCCAAACAUUAACAGAAAAGAAUGUUUGCUUUGUACUUUGGAGCAGCGAGUCACCCGUUAAGAAUUUGUCGACACGACAAUCAUGCUCCUAAACUCCCGAAACUAGAACAACACUAAAAAGAGACCUCCGCCAGGGCCACGCUAGUCUAAUAGUUGGACAGUUACGUGUACACUCUGCACAAGUGGACGUUUAUAAAUGUGAGAAAAAAAAAAAAGUCCAGACCUGAACCACAAUCAAUGAACGGGUUCAUCCCUUUCUUACACAGUUGUGUUUUUGUGUAAAACUACUGCUACUGAAUGCAUCAUGCUAAAAGCAAUCCAGUGUGUCUCAAGAUAUGCUAAGCUAUCUGAACAAAACAUCUUAGCUUUGUUUUAUGGCUGACAAAGCUAUAUUUAAUAAUAUAUCGCAACAAUUAAUUCAUUUUAUUUUUACAAUAAGCAUAGGGCCGAUUAACAACCAAAAAAUAAGGUGCGGUCUGAGAGUGGGCCCUAGAGCUACGCUUAGGACACCCCUGAAAUAAACAAAUGUAAUGAGCUUCAUUGGUGGAGGUAACCACACAAGGUUGAUUUCCAAAUCAAAACACCUUUGUUAGCGUCCCAUUAGCUUGCAGAUAUAGUCCUCCCUCGCUGCAUAGCUGUUUUUCACAAAUGAUCAAAUGGUAUGAUCAUCUAUUACUAGUCACAACAUAUUCUGGCCACUAGGCAGCAGUAUUGUUGCAUGGAUGAGACAUGAAUCCUUAUUUUAUAACACUACCUUGCACUCGAUGUAGCCAGCCAUGGCUUCAGAGAGAGAAAAAAAGGAUAUCCUCCCAUGCCGUGUGGAAGUGGUAAGUUUGUGGCUUCUUUUUGUCCUUCUUCCCCUCCGUUUGAAACCCUUUAGAAGAAAUAAAUUCAAGGCUGACGGGUUAGCUUGCUGGCUUACUAGCUAGCUGCCAUAAGAGAUCCUGUGGCAUAAUAGUUGUGCAAUCCGGUGUGAACAUUGAAUAUUAUAAGCGUAAUUCUGACUCUAAUAAUUUAUUAACAUUGACGCCUAUAUUGUGGAAAUUCAGUGAAAGCAGUCGUUUCUGGAACCUAUGAACCACUAUAAACGCGGGACCACUGCACAUGGCAGCACGAAGCAGAAGUCAGCUCUGUUGCCCAUCUGUGAUGUCAUCAGAGGUUGACUGAAGUUCUAUAACUAACACGGUUAUGCAGCAAAUGUCUCAAACAUGCUAAGACAAAACACGUUAUAAUUUUACUAUUUGUUAGGGGGAAAUUGAUUCAUUAGCGUAGGUUCCAUCAGAGCCCGACCGUCUGGAAAGCCAACCCAGAUUCCACUGUAGUUUAGUGACUAGGCUAAGUAAACGUUGGCGACUAGAGCUUCUUUGUACGUGCGACUCUUGAUUAACACUACGACAUUGUUCCCGGCACAAUCAUCUUUUUUUUUUUAAGGGACAAGAUGGCGUCCAAGGACCAGGACAUCUCACUGCAGAGCUUUCAGAAACUUCCCAUAGAUCCAUUUUUUAAAACAUUUAAUUUUUUGAAUCCUUUGCCAACUAGCAAUGUCGCUGUUGCUGUUCAGGGUUUUAGUGCCUUGCUCUGCGUUGUCUUCUUGAAACGAACGGUUCUGCUUCUCAUGUGUAAAUACGACCAUGUUAUUUUACGUGUACACAUUGUUUGCUGACGUCGUCGUCAGCCCCAUCUUGUGUUGUCACUGGGAUUGAUUGUCAUGAAAAUAAAAGACUUUGAUUUGGAAAUGUGACUGGACUGUUGCAAAGAGAGAUUAUAAACAUCGAUAACAUCAUCGGUUCGGUUCUCUUGUUUCUUUUUAUUCAUGUUUUAUUGUUUUUCUAGCCUACUGUAGC